AUGCCCUUAAGUGAAAAGAUGUAUCUUUUGAGCACAUUUGGAUUAAAUCCAAAAACCACUAUUGCUGCUACCAGCCUGCCACCACCACCACCCUAUAGUUGCUGUCACCACUGUUGCCACCACCAACACCCCACUGAUGCUGUCACAACCCUCACAACCACCAUCUUGCAAGUAAACACGACUCUUAUAUUUCUUUCUUCUUGUUCAAGUCCUCUGAAGAUUUUUCAUUUUGAAACUACAAAUGGUCAGUUACCAAUGGAUGUUCCAAAUACUGAAUGCCUUAAAAAUGAUGUGAAAGAUGUUUGA